CAGUAUAAAACCAAAAAACGUAUUUACCAUGAGGAGCUAUUUCCAAAAUGAAUUACUUGUUUUUCUUUUUCAUCGUUAUCUUCAUUGAAUUCAGAGUUUCACUGUGUGACAGUGAUGUAAUGAAACAUGAGAACUGGAAAGAAAUACCAUCACUGGAUCAGUGCGGAGAUAAUUUGGAGCCCAGCGGCAGGAUAAUAGGAGGAGAGGAUUCCGGUAAAAAUCAAUUUCCAUGGAUGGCGCGAUUGGGAUACGAGAAAAAGAAUGGAUACAGCUUUGAUUGCGGAGGAGCGGUUGUAAACGAUCUGUAUGUGGUUACAGCUGCGCAUUGCUUGGAUGGAAAGCAAGAAUCAAUGAAAGUGAUUCGAGUUGGAGCCAAUUUACCAUCCUUGCCGGCGACCUGUACUCCAGAAACUUGUACUGAUGUCGAAGAUAUUGAAGUUGACAAAAUCACUCUUCAUUCUGAAUUCAAUCGAACUAGCCUCAGGAAUGACAUAGCUCUUGUGCGUUUGGCACGCAAACCAACUACUAGUGCAGUACAUUCAAUUUGUUUACCAAGAGACCAGUUGCUGACAGUGUGGUUUCAUUCGGAAAACCAAUUUGCGGGGAAUCUCCUUCCGUAUAUACUAACGUACCAGCCUUUUUGGAGUGGAUUUUGGAUAAUAUCAGUGAAUAAUCAAAUUACCAAGGAAUUAUUGAGAGGAAGGCAAUCAAGACAACGUUUUUGUAAUCAAUGUUACUUUCUAAUAUGAGGUAUCAUGUUAAUUUCUUACGACUAAAUAAAAUAUAAUUACAUUUUGAA